UCAUUGGUUAUUGAGAAGACGAAAAUCAAGAUGACCGGCUUCUAAUUAAUUAAAGGAGAAAGAUCAAAAGCCUAUAUAUUAAUUUCAUUUGAUGUUUAAUUAUUUGAAACUUGCUUCACAUAUAUGAGGAUUAGAAGUUGAUUUGGAGUAGUGUUAGAAGGAAGGUGCAUCUAUUUUCAUAAUACAUUAUAGACAGAAUCCGCAAUAUGAAUUUCUGGAAGCUUUACAUUGCUUCAUUUAUGUCAAUUCUGAAACUUUUGUUGAUUACUGCUCUUGGGGCAUUCCUUGCACAUGAUCGAUUUAAUAUACUCAGAGAGAAUGCCAGGAAGCACCUCAAUGCUAUGGUAUAUUUUGUCUUCACCCCGGCUCUAAUUUACAGCAGCAUGUCGAAUACCUUAACCUUUAGGAGCAUGGUUAUGCUGUGGUUCAUGCCGUUAAGUAUUCUUUUAACAUAUAUUGCUGGGACAGUUCUUGGAUGGAUACUUAUUAAAACUAUUAGAGUUCCUCAUCAUCUACAUGGCCUUGUGUUGGGGUGUUGUGCUGCAGGAAAUCUGGCCAGUUUGCCUCUUAUUGUAGUUCCAACUAUCUGUAAAGACAAAAACAGUCCUUUUGGAGAUGAGGUUGUUUGCCACAAAAAUGGACUGGCAUAUGCUUCUCUAUCAAUGGCUAUAGGCUACACUUAUGCUUGGUCUAUUACAUUCAAUGUUGUCCGCAUAUAUUCACCCAAGAUCUCCAAUGAAGUCAAAGUUGAUGAAACCACUGAAAAUUCAAAGUCUGCAACAGAAAAUGAUCCAGAAAACCUUUUAAAAUGCCCUUGUGGAGCAUUAGUCAUGGCUGAGGAUAUAGCAAAGCCUAAUGGUGGCAUGGAUCAACCUGAUUUUGAAUGUAAAGUGCCUAAUGGACAGGCAAAGGUACCAGAAAGGCUAAACAUUAUGAAAAUAUUAGCUCACAAGAUCAACAACAUGAAGACACUAAUUGCUCCUUCAACUAUGGCAGCGAUUAUGGGUUUGACAAUUGGUGUUGUCCCUCAAUUUCGAAAACUACUGGUUGCUGACAAUGCUCUCUUCCAUGUGGUUCAAGACACUAUAACCAUGCUGGGGGAUGCAAGCGUUCCAGCAAUGGUCUUACUGCUUGGGGCAAAUCUUGUUAAGGGUUUAAAAGGAUUAGGACAACAACUUCCACUUAUUGUUGGCAUUAUUAUGGUUAAAUUUCUUGCCUUGCCAGCAAUAGGUAUAGGCAUUGUUAAAGGUGCAGCUCAUUUCAACUUGAUCCACCAUGAUCCAUUGUAUCAGUUUGUUUUACUGCUUCAAUAUGCCCUCCCACCUGCAAUAGUCGUGAGUACAAUUACUCAAAUGUUUGGAUUUGGUGAGGGUGAAUGCUCAGCUAUCAUGUUAGCAACAUAUUCAUGUUCUGCAAUUUUGCUUACACUUUGGUGCACAAUGUUUAUGUGGCUUGUACUAUAACUAUUUUCAUGUAAGAUGUGUUUUGAUGAUUCAUACAUGUCCUACUGUCAAGUGCAUCUAAGGAGCCAAAGAUAUGAAGAUAGUUUUGUUGAAUUAUCACUUGCAGAAGAGGGACAAAAAAAUUUGCACAAGGCAGAUUUGUGGAAAACAUGUUGUUACUUUAUACUAUAAUUCGAUAUAUACCUACUUGUUAUGUAGACUGUAAAAUAUUUUCUUUUAAUAUUCUACUUCAUAACAAUGCAAACAUAAGAAACCACAAUAA